CAUCUGAGAAAUGUAUCCCACGGGAAGCGAUAUGUGAUUACAAGAUGGACUGUGACGAUGGUUCUGAUGAAGAGUUUUGUGGGUCGUGUGACUUUGAGGGUCACUCCUGUGGAUGGAAUGACACCAGUAAAGACGUCUACCGAUGGAGAUUGGAGAGGGCUAACGUGACGUCGGUUCCUGGACACGACCACACAACAGGGUCUCCCAGGGGUCAUGUCAUAGGUGUGAAUGGAACACAGGAAACAAGUAUUUAUUCCGAAGCCAUUUUGGAGUAUUAUGUUGACAAGCCUGGUGCUCUAGGAUGCCAGAUAAGGUUCUGGUACCACAUCCAGGGUGAGCGUUCUCCAACCUCGCACCUCUAUCUCAAAAUGGUCAGACAGACUGAGCCCAAGGAGCUUGUGAAGAUUUCAAAGGAUCGAACGAAUGGUUGGGAGAAUUCCACAGCCUUCCUUGGUAAUCAACCGGGUGGUUUCAAGCUGGUCUUCUCAACUAAGCCUCCCUUAUAUCCCAAAGACGUCAUGCUGGAUGACAUCCAUUUUGAGAGCUGCUGGGAGGGGGACGAGCCUGCAGGUUCGGACGUGCUCACCUGUGACUUUGAGAAGGACACCUGUGCAUGGUACAGGGACCACACUGCUGCCCUGAUGUGGGAGCGCUCCAAUAGGAACGGACCAGGAUAUGACCACACCAUUGGCAAAGAAGGUUACUUUAUGUUUAUCGCUGCCAAGUCUGGCCUCAACGUUUCAUCGACUGCGAGGCUUAUUAGCUACCCUCAGCAAGCAAGAGGAACCCUCUGUGUCAGUUUCUGGUAUCACAUUUAUGGCACAAGCAUCGGCUCGCUGAAGUUUAUAACCAAACAAGCUGGAGAGCCAGAAUCUGUGGUGUGGAUGAGGAGCGGGACUCAGGGCCACAAAUGGCGCUUUGCAGAUCUCACCUUCUCUAGUGACACGCCAAUACAGUUCAUUCUGGAGGCUGUGGUGGGAGGCAGGAGUGGCAGCAUUGCCAUAGACGACGUGGAGGUGUUCCACAGUGAGAACGCUUCCUGUCCAGCGGAGAAGGAGUGCACUUUCCAGGGCUCUCUCUGCGGCCUGCAGGCUGACUUAGCUUCAGACUUCCCUUGGAGCAGGACCAGAGGCGCCCAGACUGGCAACAGUCCAAGCCCAGACACAGAUCACACCCUGGGGACAGAGCUGGGGUUCUACCUGAGUGCCCAGCUCUGGAGGCAUCACAUCGGGACCAGAGGACGCAUGGUGACGGCGGUGAACGAGCCCACGCCUCACAGCGGCGAGUGCUGGAGGUUCUGGUACCACAUGGAGGGCAGGGCUGAGCUCAGGGUGUAUCUCCAGACCCUGGGCAGCCCCAGCAGCCCCCCCAGCCUGCUGUGGAGCAGAGCAGGGGACCAGGGAGAGCACUGGAGACAGGCCAGAGCUACUGUCCUCAGUCCCAACGCUCAGUACCAGGUCAUAUUUGAGGCUGUGGUUGGGGAGGGCUCCCAGAGAGACAUCGCCAUCGACGACCUCACUCUCCUGAACGGGCCCUGUCCAGAGCAAGGGUUCUGUGACUUUGAGAUGGACUACUGUGGCUGGGUGAACAGCCCUCCUGCGGGGUCGGGAGUGGACUGGGACUGGGUCUCCGGGGGAGGACGCUUCAUGCCCCCUGUGGACCACACCACCAACUCUGCCCUUGGACACUUUGUCAUCUUCAGUGCUGAUAGAGGAGAGGAGAAAGCCCAUCUCCAGAGUGAGAGGGUGGGGGCCGUGGAGAGAGCAUGCCUGGGGUUCUGGUUCUACAUGGAAAUGUGGUCGAGAGGCUUGGAGCUGUCGGUGUAUGUGAAUGAGACCGAGGGACUGCGCUCUGUGUGGAGCAAGGCUGAAAACAAGGGUCAAAUAUGGCACAGAGCAAUGGUAGACUACAAGACAACUGGGACCCACCAGAUCGUAUUUGAGGCAACCAAUCUAAACAAGGAGGAAGGUGGCAUCGCCCUUGACGAUGUCCACAUCCUGUUGAAUACGUCGUGUGCAGACCUGCUGCCCACCACCCCUCCUCCCCCCACCACCCCCGCCCCCACCCCACCCCCCUCUCCCAUGGACUGCAAUUUUGAACAAGGGUUGUGUAGGUGGGUUCAGGGGAGCAGCGAUGACGUGGACUGGCUUCUUCACCAGGGAGCCCAGGUGAACGGUCCCUGGGACGGCCCUCUCUAUGACCACACGCUCAACAACAAGCAAGGCUUCUACCUGCUGCUGAAUGGGUCAGGGACCAAGGAUGGGGAGGCUGCGGUCAUCUCCGUGCCCGUGGACAUCCAAACCACGGACGUGUGUGUGGGCUUCUGGUACUACAUGCUGGGAGCGUCUGUCUCCAGCCUGGAGCUCCUAGUACAGGCAAAAUCGUCGAGGGCUGUGGUUUGGACGCGGUCUGGCACGCAGGAUUCUGAUUGGGUGAAGGCUCAGGUCACCGUCAGCCACACAGACAUAAUGGAGGUGAUGUUUUCGGGCAGAAGAGAUACCCGCAGUACUGGGUUUAUAGCCAUAGAUGAUUUCACUAUGAGGGAGGGGGCCUGUCUGGAGCAAAACCCUUGUGGUUUUGAGAGCCACACCUGGUGUGACUUUGACGUCGAUGUGACCCACCGUGGUCGCUGGGGUCGGAUUAAGGGGACCACAGACGGCUGGGACCACACCCUCCAGACGGACAGUGGUUUCUACCUGACGGUGCUGAAGCAGAGUGAAGAGGUGGCUCAGAUUCUGACCCCGGAGCUGGACUCCACUAUGGAGAUGUGCCUGCGCUUCUGGUGA